UCUCAUUCAACAUUAGAAAUUUGAACCGGCAACAUCAGACCCUAAAUCUUAUCGUAAAAUCCUUAGCAAAAAUUCCAAAUUUAACAAGCAUAUGACAUAAGAUUUUGUGAAGCAAAUCUAUAGUGUUUUUUAAAUAGUUAUGCAGCGCUCGACUUAUCCACUGAUAGCCCGUAACCUUGUGCGGUCCCGUUUGCAGGGGUUAAUUGGCGGUGCUCUGAACGAUUUUCGCAGGACCAUGGCAUCAGAUUCGUGGGGUCAGGAUGGCAGUGGAACUGGAAGCGGGAGUGGCAGCAGUGGUUCCAAAACCUCAAGGGUGGCAACACCGCGGGCCAGUGCCACAUCAACGGUGAUUAACGAUGCGGGCUCCUAUUCGCGUGGCACGUAUACGGGUGCCCUCGAGCGUCGCAUCAAUCGGGAGGAUAAUAUGUGGCGGGAUCGUAGCUAUAUCGAUACAAAAUGGCUUAAUCCCCGCGAUCCAACCGCCUAUCGACCGAAUUUUCGCCAAACUGAGCCAACAUCGCUGCGAAAGCAGUUCAUGCGCAGUCCGGAUGAGAUAUCACGUGAGGUGAUGGGUCGCGAUUGGGAGGAGACCGUGAAGACCUAUAAACGUAGUUCCACCGCCAUGAAUGCCCAAAAAGGUGGGGGGCGCAACGAGGCGUGGCAGGCUGCGGAUACCACACGUAAUCGCCAGCAACAUUUGCAAAUGAUGCAAAUGCAACAGCAACAGGAACAGCAGCAAAAGCAACAACAGCAACAGCAACAAAAGAAACAGCAACAACAGAAUUAUUGGGGCAGAAACAUGGAACCACCCCAGGAUCAGUAAUCUCCGUCCAAAAGUCAACGCCUAACAUGCCAGUCGAAACAGAAAUCUGUCAAUAUAUCCAUAUACAUACCAUAUAUUAUCGCAGUCAAGCAGAGUCGUGCUAAAGAUCCAGUAUCCAAUGAUCCAGUAUUCCGAUUCCGUCAUAAUUGACAUUUGUUUCAGUCAUUCAGAUGAUGAUAGCAAAAAUGCGAUAACCGCUGGACCUAGUUAUUUUUGGCAGAUCUAUCAUGUAAAUUGAAUCAAAUGAUUUGGAACGUCGAAUGGUUUUGGGAAUUGGAAAAACAGAAAUUUCUCAUGAAAAUAUAGAUAUCAUGUACAAUUGUCGAAUAGUA